AUGGAAAGAAAAUUAGUACUCGGAUUAUCACAAGGAAAUUCUUCAGAUGAUGUGGAGAAUAAUAAAUUAAAAAAUGUGACAAAAGGCACAUCAACAAAUGAAAAUUUAAAAGAAAAUCAAUUCAGUAGGAUUAAAAAAAAAGAUUGCUACUACGAGCAGAAGAUAUUUAAUGAAAUUGAUAAUGUUCUAGUUCCUAUAUUAGCUGAAGCUGAAGUAAAAGUAAAAUUAGAGAGUAAGAUAAGAAAUAUCUUGGAGCACUUAACACCAGUAUUGAAUGAUGUAAUUUUUAUACCAUUUGGUAUAAUUGGAAUAAUAUGUAUAAUUUAUAUAUUGAUUAAAAUUGUAAAGUAUGAAAGAAUAAAAGCAGGAAAGGGUGAACUGAAGGAUAAGGAAUAUGUUUGUUUUUGUAAAGAAGAUUUUAAUAUUAAUUAA